AUGGACUCUCGUCAAUUUGCUCUUGUCAUGACGCCCACGACACCCACACUUCGAGAUACCAACAACCACAUCGGCAAUGCUGCAACUCCCCUCAUGGAGCCCAAGUCUAGCAAUUUAGAGCCUCGGCCUCCCAAGGCUUACUCAUGCGUCCGCUGCUUCGAACGCAAGGUCAAAUGCGACAAGCAGCAUCCCGUCUUCCGUAUCCCCCCUGCUCCUCGCCGUCGGAAACGCAAGAGCCGAGAAGACGACGUGCUCGCUCGUCUGAAGCACUAUGAGGAGUUGCUUCGUGAUCAAGGCAUCGAUCCAAACACUCCGUCGACCACACCCACGAAAGCCGACACCACAUCUCCUCCCCUUGACGAUGCCGACCCCUCCAGCACGUCGACAUCCAGGCCCACGGAGCCUCUGUGGACAUCGGGUUCACUUCAAGGGAGAUUGAUCGUGGACCAGGGCAGGUCUCGGUUCAUCCAGAAUAAGUUGUGGACUGCUGUCAGCGAGGAGCUCCAUCACAGCAAGGAUGUGAUCCAAGAUACCGAGAGCGAGGAUGAUUUGGAUACUCUUGCCGAUGACAACACUGACUUUGUCCUUGGCGUCACACCCUACCCGACUCAGACAUCGAGUUUGCACCCGAGUCCUGAUCAUGUCCUCAAACUAUGGCAGAUCUUCCUCACCAAUGUCAACCCGCUAAUGAAGAUUGUCCAUCAACCAACCCUGCAGAGUAGCAUCGAAGAAGCCAUUCAGGACACGGACAAUAUACCCCGUGGGCUGGAAGCCUUGAUGUUCGCUAUCUAUGGCGGCGCUGUGCUCUCCAUGCGUGAUGGGGAAUGUGAAGCAACAUUCGGCGAGUCACGGGCGGCUCUGCAAUCCAGAUAUAGGUUGGGCAUACGCCGGGCCUUAACAAAGGCACGAUUUAUGGCAACAUCCGACAUCGUUGUUCUACAAGCACUUGUCAUCUAUCUUCUCACCACGCGUCAGGUUCUGGACGCUCGCACGCUAUGGACACUUUCAGGUGUCGCGAGUCGCAUAGCCCAAGGCUUGGGCGUGCAUCGUGAUGGCACCGUCCUUGGCCUUCCUCCAUUCGAAACGGAAAUGCGCCGCAGGCUUUGGUGGCAAAUCAACUUACUCGACUUCAGGGCUGCCGAGCUGAGCGGUUUUGGCGGCUUCACGGAAAUCAACUGGUGGAACACCAAGACGCCAUCUAACGUCAAUGACGUGGAUAUUUGGCCAGGCAUGAAAGAAAAACCUCUCGAACACACUCGCCCAACUGAGAUGGUGGUCUGCUUGCUCCAUUAUGCGGUGGGAGCCUUCUGGCGGCAGAAGCUUCUGCAGGCAGGCACUCCUGAAGACGAACUUGGCCGGGCCAUCCAGCGCUGGGUGGCAACGAAGACGUUGUCGGAAAAGGAUAGCUUCGUCGACGAAUUCCAGGCUGAAUUGGAAGAAAAGGUGCUGAGAUAUUGUGACCCUUCCAUACCGCUCGAGAUGAUGGCUUUGAUCAUUGGGCGGACAAUGUGCAAGAGCAUAAGAUUCAUGGCACAUCACCCUCGACGCUAUGCAAAGGAGAAAGAUAUCCCGGACAACGAGCGCCACUUCCUGUGGACCACCAGCAUGGCACUGAUCGAGGCCGAUAACCUGGCGCAUUCUCAUCGGUCACUACAGAGGUUCAGUUGGCACAUUGACGCCGGGUUCCAGUGGCAUUCUUUCAUAUUUGCGCUAGGGGAGCUCAUAGCCAGGCCAACCGGCGAUGGCAAGGACGAUGCGUGGGUGCAGAUUGAGGACAUUUUCAAGUAUCAUCCCACAUUCAUCUCCGACCAGAAGAAGCCACUCCAUAUCGCAAUUGGCAAUUUGUGCCUGAAGGCAUGGCGAGCACGCGAAAAGGCGCAAAUGGAAAGCCCUCACAGUUUGCAAUGGCUUGAAACUCCGCAGUUCAUUCUACAGUUUCGUAAACAGCGAGAGGCUCAAGAAGGGAAGACCGGUGCCAGUCGAGCCACAGUGCUACACUUUCCUUCCGCCCUUCAAGUUGAAGAGACGAAGCUGGCAGCAGAGACACAGGCAUCGGAUGCCACUAACGCAGAGACCAUCCCCAGUGUCCAGCAAUUUGAACAGCCCGUCAACGACACCUUGGACCCUACGUUUUCCGCCCAUGACUUCUCUGUCAUGGACACCAUGGGAAUGGACUGGCAAAGAUGGGAUACACUACUGAAUGAUUUCGACCUUCUUACACAGCCGACCACCAUGAAUCCUGGGCACCUUCAGCACCUCGGAAUGUACGGGCAACAAGGCUUCUCGUGGCCAUUAUCGCAAAUUUAUGAUAACCCAUGA